GACUUCAGAAGGACACUCAGGGCAGUGCUCAGGGAUACGACAACAAGAUGGAUUUCGACUACGACGACGACCAGCUGCCCGACGAGGAGUACUACUUCGACGAUGGCGAAGUCGUCGCUGCCCAUGAUGUCACAUUAAGCGAUUUGUACACCAAUUGCGUAGUGCCGAGCCUGCGCGAUGGACUACGCGCUGCAGUAGUUAUACUGCCUGCGUGUCUGCUUCUCAGGACCGUCGUCAGCACCAGACUUCUACCAGUUGGCAGUGCGUGGGUGCACGCGCUGUCCACACUCCUUGGCAUAUGCUGCCUGUACAGCCUAGUCGGGCAUCUGACAGCCUACGUGGUUGGCCUGGCACUACUGGGAACAGUUGUGCUGACAGCGCUGCCCCGACAUCAUGGCCUCUCGUGUGCCACUCUGGUUGCGGUCUUUGUCAUUGCCUGCGAGCUGUGGCUUGUCGAGCCCAAGUCUUGGCACCAGGUUCGAGGCUGUCAACUGGUUCUAUGCAUGAAGCUGGUGUCCUUGGCCAUUGACCUGGACCAUGGCCGGCUGGCGACACCAAGCCCUGUAGCCAUGCUUGGAUACUUGCUGCAUGUGGGCUCAGCCCCGUUUGGUCCGUGGAUAGGGUAUGAUGCAUACGCGAGAAGCCUUGAACCUGAACUUUUGGCGAGCCUCGGAUUCUGGUCAUGGCUGCGUGCCCUGGGUCAGAGCCUGGUGCUAUGCUAUACCUGUCUGACUGUCUCCAACUGCUGGUCCACAUGGCUCCUGUCCAACACACUGGGCCUGAGGUGGCUGGCUGCGUACCGGGAUGCACUGUCAUUCCGCUUCAGCCACUACUUUGUCACCUUCCUGUCGGAGGCCAGCGCUGUCGCAUCGGGUGUCAGUUAUGAGGGAUCCUGGGCUCUGCAGCUGUGUUCCCCAUUGGAAGUGGAGCUUCCCCGGUCACUGGUGCAAGUGGUGGUGCAUUGGAACCGUGCCAUGCACAAUUGGCUUAAGCACUACGUGUUUCAGGUCACCAGGCCACACCUGGGCAGCCUUGGAGCCCUGCUGUUGACGUACGCGACCAGUGCCUUGCUUCAUGGCCUCAACUUCCAACUGGCUGCAGUGUUGCUGUCACUGGCUCUUUACAGCUACGCUGAGCAUGUACUGCGGCAGAAGCUGAGCCAGGUGUAUGAUGCGUGCAUUGGAGCCCGUCCCUGCCGACCCAGCUGUGACAAGCACAAACUGCGGGCUGACCAGUGGGGUGUUCGGAGUGCCAACCUGGCCCUGGGUCUACUAGCGGCAUUCCACCUGGCCUACCUUGGACUCAUGUUUGACAGUGAACCCUUGCAAGAGCAGGGCUACAGCAUGCAGCACACCCUGGGAAAAUGGUCAGAGUUACAGUUUGCCAGCCACUGGGUGGCCCUGGCAACUUUUGUCAUCCACCUCCUCAUCUGACCGCCACCUAGUUGCCAAAGCUGCACCACAAGUGGUGUGCCACAACAUCAACACAACCUCAACGAACAGGCUGGUGGUUCCUGCUCACAGUUCGCAGAUGAACAUGCAAGAUCUGCAUUGCGAACAUAUAGCAAUAAAUGGAAUAUGCGUUUGAUUAA